UUUUCGAACUUUCAAGAACAUAAGUGGAGCUCUCGAGAAGUUAGACGUGAUAUAUAAAGCCCGCAAGAUCCUCAACGGCCACUUGAGAAGAACGUCGGCUUGUCUGGUUUCUUCUUCGCAGUUCCCCGUGUUCGCGGGUUUCUCAAUCCCUCGAAAAUUUCCAGCUUCUCUAGAUUACUAUUUUUCUGUAGAAAUUAGCAGAUAUAAUAUGCAGCAAAGGAGAGGAGCCGAAGAGAAGGACUCGCUUUUCUCAGGCGACUUCAUGGGUGGUUUCCCUGGAUUUGGUUUAUUUGGAUCCCACAGAAGGAAGAAAGAUGGGGCACAAGGACUUGUAAUUCAAGAAAUCUCCUCUGACGAGGAAGAUGAUGACCUUAGGGAUCAGAAGCAGGACAGGAAUGAGAAUAAUUCUGGGUCGGGCAAGGAGCCAUCAGUUGAGCAUCCUGAUGAUUCUAAUGAUGAGUGCCAGAUAAUGACUCUGAGAGGUAAUGAAGAUAAUAGUUUUGGAGUUCAGCCAAAGGCUAGUAAAGCCAGUACGCAUUCUUGUAAGGUCACAUAUGGCGGUGUAGAUGGGGCGUACUACUCUUCUACUAGAACUAGAAGGGUAGAUAAUGAGGGAGUAUUGCUUGAAGAGACGAAAGAAGCAGAUAAGACAACAGGUCAGGCCACUCAUAGGAUCUCUAGAGGAAUUCAUGAUAAGGGUCAUUCAGUUACAAGGAAACUGAACCCAGAUGGUAAAGUGGACAUAGUUCAGACUCUGCACAAUCUUAACGAAGAAGAGCUUCCUGGUUUUGACCAAGCAUGGAACGGUAACUUUCAAGGGCAUAAACAUGUUCCAAAAGGUCAAUUUCAUAUGGAUCCCAAUGCAGAAUCCAGCGGCAGUAGAAACAGUGAGAUGUCCAGUUGGGGUUUUCCAUUUUUUGCUGAAAGGAGAAAUGAAAAUGAUGGUGCUAGGGACAGCUCUAGUUCUGGUAGGACCAAAAAGGUAGUCAGGAUCAACAUAGAAUAGAAGAUGAUGCAAGAGAAAGAGAUAUUGCAUAUAGUUGAAUGGAAGUAUAGCGUCUUUUUCGAGGAAAGAUAGUUUUAUAAUCUUUCAGGUUGUUUUUUGGAAAUUCAAACAUUUAGUUCAAAUACUAUAGUAUCUUCCUGCUUGAAACAUUUUGCCAUAGUUAAAGAGUUUCCUUUUAGAAGUUGUUUUUGCA